AUGAGCGCCACCCAUCAUGGGGGUUUCUCCCAUAACUACAGGCCCGGUGGCCUGCACCGCGAUCAGUCCUGGUCUCAGCUCAACAUCAGCAUGCCGAACCGCGUGGAAACCGAGCUCGAGAAGCUCGAUCCCGCCGUACCCUUCAGAGCCACUCGCGCGCACCUUCACCAUACCUGGGCCAAGACCUUCCACGCGAGGCCCGAACUAUACAUCCGACCGGAGUCGCUGGAAGAGAUACAGAAGAUUGUCACACUAGCGCGGCGAUGUCGACGACGGGUGGUGGUCGUGGGCUGUGGUCACUCGCCCAGCGACCUGACCUGCACCUCGGCGUGGAUGGUGAAUCUGGACAAAUACAAUAGGGUUCUGAAUGUGGACAGGGAGAGGAAGACCAUGACGGUGGAAGGCGGCAUACGGCUACACGAGCUGAAUCUACGCGCAAAAGACUACGGCCUUACGAUGCCGAAUCUGGGCAGUAUAGACCAGCAGUCCAUUGUCGGCGCCAUGGCUACCGCAACACACGGCUCCUCUACCAGGCACGGUCUGCUAUCGCAGUCAGUCCGCUCCUUGCGCAUUGUCCUCGCGAACGGCAGCGCAGUCCGCUGCUCCCCGACCCAGCAACCGGACCUCUUCCGCGCCGCUCUCGUGAGUCUCGGCGCCCUCGGCAUAAUCGUCGAAGUCGAGUACGAAAUGGUACCCGCCUGCAACAUCGAAUGGGAGCAGACCCUCAAACCUCUCUCCUAUGUUCUCGACAAAUGGGGCAAGGACCUCUGGACGACCCGCGAAUUCACGCGCGUCUGGUGGCUCCCCUACAUGAAACGCGCCAUAAUCUGGCAGGCGCACAAAACGCACAAAUCCUGCCGUCCGCCGCAGGAAAGCUUCUACGGCGGCUCCAUCGGCUUCCAUACCUACCACAUCCUGCUGUGGCUCGCCAACUACGUCCCGCGCAUCCUGCCCGCGAUCGAGUGGUUCGUCUUCGGCAUGCAAUACGGCUUCUCGUACGGCACCACCACCACGGCCGUCGAGGAGCAGCGCACGGGACUGCUGAUGAACUGCCUCUACUCCCAGUUCGUCAACGAGUGGGCCAUUCCCCUUCACCACGGCCCGGAGGCCCUGACGCGGCUCUCUGCAUGGAUAAACGGCGACGAGGCGGGCUCACGGAUUCCGUUCUCAUCGAAGGGGCUUUGGGUGCACGCGCCCAUCGAGGUGCGGGUCAGUGACACUAGCGCGACGGAGCCGCGGCCGUUUAUGGAUAACACGCCCAAGGACGGCCCGACGUUGUACCUCAAUGCGACGCUGUAUAGGCCGUAUAAUCGCGAUCCGCCGUGCAAGGACCGAUACUACGAGGCGUUUGAGUGGCUGAUGAAGGAGCUGGGGGGGCGGCCGCACUGGGCUAAGAACUUCUCUUUCGUGUCGCAGCCCGAGAUCGCGGAGAUGUAUGGCGACGAUCUGGAAGCGUACUUACGUGUACGGAAUGAGGUCGACCCUGAAGGCAUGUUUGUGGGCGAGUGGCAUAGGAAGAAUUUGUUGCCGGAAUCGCAGCCGCUGUUCCCGCUCGAGGAGAGGGAGGUUAUGCGCAGAGCUGCCCAGGGCGGCGGUGUGGACUGGGUGGGUGAGCAGGCGGCCAAGGCAAGUCCGAAGUCGAGCACAAGCGAGGAGAGCUUUGAUAUCCUGCAUGGUGCGGAGGCGGAAGCGAGCUUGGUGCUUGAGAGGCUGAAGGAGGAGGCGAGUACUGAGGAUGGAAGCGAGAGCUUAGAUGACGAGGUGCAUGGGAGUAUGAGGCAGGGGGCUACUGGGAUUCAGGUAUUUAACAAGAUGUAG